AGAUCGUUCUAGGACUAGAAGAUCGGCGCAGUUCUAACGGACAUACGUGUACGUACAAUCGCAUCACACAAAAGUAAUUUUCGACGAAAAGAAAAAUGGAUAUAUAUAAUCAGGAGAGUCACGAUGAUCCCCAAUUUACAAAAGUACUAGAAACCUGUUUGAAUAUGGAAAUUGCGACGAUCAAGAGAAAUCUCGACGCCAGUACAGAGGAAAUAAAACAACUGAAAGUAACAAUGCGUAGCGAGCUUAACAGGAGGAAGGAACUUAAAGGAAAGAUGGCGCAGAUGAACAAUAUUAAAUUCAUAUUAACUGAGACUUUAAGAAAAUUGCGUAUAAAUAUCAGCGAAAUUUCGGAUACUAUAGAAACUAUGAAGGCAAAUGCCGACGAUCAAUACAAGCUGAUUCAACUGAGGUCGCAAGAGUAUCAGGACCUCGUUGCCGAAUAUAGGAAAACAUGGCAUGAAUAUCGUGCUGAGUACGAAGAAUUUCCAUCGGCGAAGGCCAGGAACGAGGCCAAGAUCAAAUUAGAAAAAGUGAAAAUUGAGUAUAUGGUCACGUCUUACAAGAAAACGGAGAUAAUAAAGAUUAUCAAACAGAGACGGCGCAUUAAUUGGAUUCGCAUGCGCUGCAAGAUAGUCGAUUUCGCCACCGUAAUGUCGGAACGUUUGAAAUUGGAAGAGAAACUUUCGAAUCUGAAAGUAAAUGUGAAAUAUCACAGAAGAGAAUUGCAGUCGAUUGAAUCGGAGCUGCAAGUAUUACGCAGGAAGGAGGAGGAUCAGAAAAAACAGAGGAAACAGAAAAUGCUGGAAAUGGCACCGCCGAAGAUCAAUAUACCGUUUCGAGAAUUAUACGCUCAAAAUCAAAUGCGCGCGAGAAUGCAGCAUCAGUGGAAGCAGGCUCACGAGCCCAGUGACGAUACCAUAUCCGUCAAUACCUUGUUCCUUGAAGAAUUAUGCAUAAACGAGAACGCUAUGGAGUUGCCCGAGGAAAUUAUAGAUAUAGAAGAGAUACACGACGAUGCUUGUAAACUUCCCGCGAUCGAAACGGAAAUGUCUAAUAUCAAAAAUACCGUCUCUUCGGAAAAAGAUGACGCGCGCGACGUUUCGGUAGCGAUGGAUGCGGAGCCAAGUGCUGAAAAAGUGAUGACUGUAACGACGGAAAACGACGUAGAAAUGAAAGAGACCCAUCACGAGAAGACACAGAAGUCGCAGGAGUCCGUUAGAACGCAACCAAGCUGCCGUAUAAAAGAGAGCCCGCUCAAGCAUAGCGCCGCCAAGAAUACGCAGGACGAAAUUGCGGCAAAAAGAAUCCGACUUCAAAGGCAGGAGAGUAAGGAGAGUAUCAAUAAAAUAACUACCAUUCUUCUACCGUCGACUGUGAAAGAGAAGGAUUUGAAAUCCACCCAUCCAUCUCCGCAUCCGUCGAUUCCACAGAUUAAAAAGAUAGAAACCGUAAAUUACAACAUUACGCAGUUAAUGCCGAUACCGAAACCCAUUCCCCUCCGCUCGACUGCCACCGCGAGCAGUAUGUUUUCGCCAAUGCGUUACGAAUAUUGCGAUAGCAACAUGAGUUCCUUGGAUCAGGAUUUUGUAUCAAAAGGUCAACCAUCGUUAUACGAGGGAUCGUUGUGUAAUUAUAGAUUAUCUCCAACUUCCAAUAUGUCCUUUUGCAUCGAGGAAAACGCGCGGAUGGCUUCUUUCACGAAAUCUCCUGCGCAACAGGAUAAUAAAAUAGAAUCUGACGACAAGACAUCGGCGUUCCAGUUUAGUGCUUUCGUGAAGAAGGCAAAGGAUAGUAAUUUAUUUUGAAGAGAGAAGAAAGGAAAAUUAUUUGAACUAUUUGGUUCUUAUAUAUAAUCCAACAUAAUUUCACUAAUGUGUUAAAAAAUUUU